UGGUUCCGAUUGUUAUCGAUAGUCAACAACACUGACAGCUGUUAACACAGAAAGUAUUAAAAUUCCAAAUUCAAUAGAAAUCCGCAUUGAUUGCUCAUAAAAAGAGGACAAGUGGGGUUUUGGGAAAAAGUUGAGGGGUUUUGUUGCCCAAACAGGUGGAGGAAAUAUUGCUGACUGUUGCUGGCAAGUGUUUGAGCGCUGUGACGAUGGAUUAGAUUGCUUCCCCGACUGCAUUUCACCGGACAGUUCAACUCUUGCAGUUAUGCUCUUCACGCGUCGGCGACAACUCAAGAGCUCUGCACAAAAAAUAAGAGAUAUAUCGCACAAAUUUGAUCAAAAUCAGUGUUAAUUCGCUUUAGAAAAAAAAACCCCGAUUAUCGCUAAACGGAAGUAAACUAAACACGAUUACAAAAUGUACGAGCUCCAUAGUUGUCUAAGAUCCGUUUUCUUUGCCACAGUCAUUCCCGGAACGAUCGUCCUUAGUUGGCUAACUGGUCUGGUGGGACUACGAUCUCUGCAAGCAUGCCUUGUCAUCUUCUUUUUGAUCUUCGUGCUGUUGCCCCUGAUCUUUCGUUACUCGGUAACGAUGCAGCGCGGCAUCCUCUUCCUUCCAUUCAUCAAGUACCCCAAGGGUCUGGAUCUUACAAGACCUGAAAGCCUCGGUCUAUAUGCCACGCGGAAUUUCUACAUCACCGUAAAGGAUCACGAAACGGACAAGGAUGGUGUUCAACUUGGGGUAUGGCAUGUUUUGCCCCGCCACGCAGUGCGUCGGUUCAGACGCGAACUGCGUGUUGAGGAGGAAGUAGAGCAGGAUGUGGCGCCCGAUGAGCCCUCCCCAGAAAGCGAUCGGCAGCUGAGGGAACUGGCUACGGCAAUUCGGUCAGAAUUUCCUGCAGUUCUUCCAGAGAAUCAGCAGCUUUUCUACGAGCGUUUGCUGCGAAUGCCGGGUGGCACUAUAGUAUUAUACCUUCAUGGUAAUACGGCCUCGCGGGGAAGUGGCCAUCGUUCGGAGGUUUACAAACUCCUGCGCAACUUAAAUUAUCAUGUAUUUACCUUUGACUACAGAGGCUUUGGAGACUCCGAUCCCGUACCGCCAACGGAAGAGGGAGUAGUAAGAGAUGCUCUGAUGGUAUUUGAGUACAUAGCCAAUAUCACCUCUAAUCCUAUCUUCGUGUGGGGCCACUCUUUGGGCACCGGCGUGGCAACGCAUCUGUGCGCUAAGCUGGCUCACCUGCAAGAACGGGGCCCCCGUGGAGUCAUCCUUGAGAGCCCCUUCACCAAUGUCCGCGAUGAGAUCCUUCUACAUCCAUUUGCCCGUCUGUUUAAGAACCUGCCGUGGUUUGACUUUACAAUCUCCAGGCCCAUGUACAACAACAAACUAAGAUUCGAGUCGGAUAUGCAUGUUCAGGAGUUCCGCCAGCCAAUAAUGAUUAUCCACGCUGAGGACGAUGUGGUGGUACCUUUCCAGCUUGGGUACCGCCUAUAUCGAACUGCCUUAGAUACCCGAAGCCGCGCCUGGGGCCCAGUAGAGUUUCAUCGGUUUAGUGCCAUCCAUAGUUACGGCCACAAGUACCUCUGCAGGGCACCGGAGCUGCCCGGACUCAUUCGACAAUUUGCGGAUAGCUACCGCGAUGCGGUAUACUAGACCCUGUCACCAAGAAGAGAGUAUUUCCCUUUCUGUAGAGCUCGUAUUAAUUUAAACUACUAGACGAUCAUUAUAAUUUAAUUUUUUACCGCCGCCACGCUGGCACAUUCGAAAAUUCCACCAUGUACAAGUAAAUUAAAGCUGUCUAGAAACAAUUAA